AGGGCCUCAAACGAGGAAUGAUUCUGUGUAAUUAAGAAGAGGAAGAAGGGGAAUUUGUUGGACCUCGAAGCGGAAUUUGAUCGGAGACAAAUGGAGAAGGCGCUGAGAGUAUACGGAGAAGUUUUGAGGUUAGUGCGGCAGUUACCUAAGGACACAAGGCCUUACUACGCCAAAUACGUUAGAGAGAAUUUCGUCAACUAUAGAGAGGUCGAUGCGCAGGAUGCAAAAUCCCUAGAAGAACUCUUCCACAGAGCUUACAACCACUCCCUUUGGGUUCUGAACAAGUAUUCGGUGGAUGGAUCUGCGGCGGAUAAGCUGAAGGAGAUCUGUUAUGGUUAGUGGUGGGGGAUGAAGAGAAUAGAAUAGAAUUGGGGGAAUUCAGUAGAGGUAGGGAAAUGGAGGAUUGAGAGUGAAGACGUAAAUUGAUAUGAUUUGGAGUGUUGUUGGAUUGGUGUAAAAAUAAAGAGUGAAGAACAGAGAUGGUCUAUAUAAUUCAUGUUUCUAUGGAUGUGUGGAUCCAUUUUUGUGAUUUUGAAUGUUGUUGGAUUUGUUUUGGAUUGUUGUUAAAUAAUGUUCUCUUCAAAUUUAACGCCAUGUAAACAAAACUUUUGAGAAGAAUAUGGAAACCAUUUAUUUUAGGCUAAA